AUUUCCACGAAAUCUAACAUAAACAAAGAUUGUUUUCUCCUGAUUGCAAAAGUUUAAUUUAUGGACGAAUUAUUCGUGUGGAGCAAGUUUCGGGCGUGCUCGACGAAAUCAAAUUUCAAAUUUUGAAUCCACCUGCUGAGCGACGCGCGAUCGCCAAUAAGACGCGAAGACGGGUCGGCAGGGGGGCAGAAAUCCGCGACGCCUGAUUGGAUCGCCGCGCAAGUUGCGCACGGGUAAGUCGACUGUAGAUUGGUGACGUCACGAGAAAUCGUCCAAUGUAGUCGCAGGAAUCUCCAGUAAUAACCGUACGUGCGUGCCGUACGCCGAAGCGUGUUAUUCGUACUCGGGCGUACAAACGAGAAAGAGGCACUACAGAGAAUCUCCCGGUGUCCGUGAAAGAUGUUUCCCGACAGAGGCAUGCCAGACGGGAUCCGCGUUCGAUAAGCUCUUUCCCCAUUCACAACAGGGAAUAAUCACGUAUCUAUUGCGAGCUCAAUGUAUUCGAGGUAUCGACGUGUCGAAGGAAAGGCAGACUGCACGCGACCCGCCGCCGUACCUGACAGUCCACGCGGCCCAAACACUUUCGCCUCGCUAUAUACAACACGAGAAUUCGCAUCGUGUUUCAUUCACAACGCGAGCGCCACUGGCAAUGUCGGGAAGUGACAGUCCAACAUUCUUUCACGGCCAGCCCUGGUCCAGCUGGAUAGAAAGAAUCGGACGAGACAAGCCGUUGAGUGAUGAAGAAACAGAAGGUCAACUUUCUAGUUCAGUUACGCGUCUUGCAGCUGAAGACAUUGACCUAUAUGGAUUUUGUCCCGAGAGGGACAACUUUUAUACGGUAGUGUGCGAAACUUGCCACGCCAUAGUCAAACCACAAGCUCUUAUUCAACAUAUGGAAAGUCGUCAUCCUUCCGGCACGGUCAAUUUUCCACCUCCCUCUACCCCGAUCGUAAAGCCACCCGUGAAAACGCCCUAUUGCAAAGUGUCGAAAUUGAAAAAGGCGCAGUCGUCGCCGCAGAUCCCGACUAGCGUCACCAAGAUCAAUCACACGAGCGUGAAACGCACCGCGGACCAGCCCACAGUCCCGACGAGCUUGUCGACGACGUCCUUACCGAUCGUCACGUCGCCCCGAUCGCCCCUCGAGUCGUUGCCACCGGUUCAGACCGCGAACACGUCUGGAACCGCGGUUACCUCCAGUCCCGUGAAGAGCCCAGGGACGACGGGUUGCCAGCCUCGCCGGAAGAGGCUCAAAACGGACCGAUCGUUGCUCAAGGAUCGGGAAUACGAUCCGGAUCGGCACUGCGGGGUCUGGAACGACGAGACCGGGAAACCUUGCACCAGGUCGCUCACCUGCAAGGCGCACACGGUCUCGCUGCGACGGACGGUCCUCGGUCGGAGCAAAACCUUCGACAAGCUCCUCGCGGACCACAGGGCCUCGAAAGAGAUCCCGAUCAGGCCGACGAAGGUGACCGUAACGGGCACCGUCACCGUAUCGUCCGCGACGAACCCUCUGACACCCAACACCCCCGCCUUGACCGUCGAAACGGAAGCGCCCAGCUCGCCGCCCGUUCUGUCGCUGCCAGACACGUAUCCACUGCCAAAGGCUGUUGAUUUGCUUUAUCGGUGUCUGGCCCCGCAUGGCUCCACUAAACCUACCAAGCUCGAAGAGGACUUCGCCAACGAGGAGCUGAGGAGCUUGGAGUCGUCGAUCGCGAACUCGACCGGUUCGUCCCAGUCCAACUCGAUGAUGGCGCCUAUAUCCGUGGUCCUGCCGUCGUUGUCGCCUCUGCCAGCCACCAACAACGACGAGGAGACGUCGUCGGUGGCUACCCUGGUACCGAGCACAGGUUCACCGGCGAUCCCGGUCGUUCCGGCGACGUUGCCGGCGGCCUGCGCUCAGCCACCGUUGCCCACCAACGUCUUGGAAGCUGAGACGCCCGUGGACAUCGAUCCCGAGGCUGCGAUGACCAUCUACUCGCCCGUCUACAAGGACAAGUCGCAGCUGGUGGUGCAAUUGCCCCGCACGAACAAUAUCGCCCAUUCGCCCGUGUCCAGGAGUUACCAGGUCCAGGCCUCAAUGCCCAGCUUGAUAUUCGAGCCUAUGGAACAGCUCGAGCAAAUUGAGCAGCUGGACCAGCCUCACCCGCCACCUCAGAUUAACGGGAAGAGACUGAACCACGUCACUCACGCGAUGCUCGCCAGCCCCGUGAGCCAACGACAGCCGAAGAGGACCAAACACGACUACCAGCAGGACCUGACCACGGCGAUACAGGUCGAGGCGACCACCACGUCCUCGCCUUAUCCCCAUUUCGGGGACAUAGCCUGGUCGAACUGUCACCCGGAGCCACUGGCGGUCAGUCGGUGGCUUCGCAUUUCGUCCAGCCGUUACGAUAAUCGACGUUCUGCUGUACUGACGUUUCAUUCGAAGGCGAACCAAGCAGUAUUACGAGCGUUCUUCUUGACCCGGCGGCCAGGCAGGCCUCUGCGACGAUUUCAUUGCGGGACUCGUUGCUCGAUUAAAAAAUUACGUGAAACGAGCGACUGGUGUAUUUUGCAUAACAACGGAGCUGGUUAGCCGGUAAUCGGCUGCUUUGUAUCGGUUGCGUGAUUCAAGAAUUGUAACGAAGGAAUUGAGGAGACGAGUGUUACGGAAAUUUGUUAAGAGAGAGAAAGAGAGAGAGAGAGAGAGAGAGAGAAAACUAGAAAGAAAGUUUAAAAAAAAAAAACAAUGCAGAACGUGUGAGAAAAAGAGAGAGUUUUGGUUGCGACCAAGCAGCGACAGUAUUGUUACACCGUUGAUCGUUAUAUGUGCAUACAAGCUUCGGAAAUAAAAGAGAUCUAAAUCAGAGAACGACGCGUUUCCUUGUCCGUUGAUCGAUAUUUAAUUUACGUGAUUUAGAGAUGAAUCACUUGCCCCUAGUUGUCGUCCAUUCGAUCCACACUCGUGACGAUUAAUUGGUAUAUUUUUAUUGCUGACGUAGUUUGAUAUGAAACUUGCAACGAUUUCGCAAUUUUCUGAAAAACUUUCUGCAUGAAAAUUGAUUUCCCAGUUUGAAAUAUAUAGGCAAUAAUUCUUUGCUAUAUUUCUUUUAGUAAGUUCCAAGUUAGAUUGUUUUUAUCGAUUUUCUGUUGGUUCAUAUUUUCACUUAUUCUGUAUAGAAUAUCAUUUCUGUAUUGGUUUUCUGUUCGUUGAAUUCUUACUUAUCAAAUAUAAAAAUUCUUUGCUAUAUUUCUUCUAACAAGUUCCAAGUUAGGUUGU